UGGCGGGAGAUAGGAAAGUGGUUCUGUGCGCUCCCGAGGCAGCUGCAGUUCCUGAGAGCGCGCGACGAGACCUGCAGACACACAGACGCCUCAGAGCGCCGCCUGGGGCCGGGAGCGGCCGGAGCAGCCCGAAUCCUGACCCCGGCCCGGCUCCCGCUCCAGGCUCGGCCGGCGGGCGUGAGGGCGCGGCGCGGCCCGGGCCGGGGGGAUGUCUCGGCGGACGCGCUGUGAGGAGCUGGAUGAGUUACACUACCAGGACACGGACUCAGACCUCCUGGAGCCGAGAGACAACAAAUGCAAGGUCAAAUGGACCCAUGAGGAGGAUGAGCAGCUGAGGGCCCUGGUGAGGCAGUUCGGACAGCAGGACUGGAAGUUCCUGGCCAGCCACUUUCCUAACCGCACAGACCAGCAAUGCCAGUACCGGUGGCUGAGGGUUUUGAAUCCAGACCUCGUUAAGGGACCAUGGACCAAAGAGGAAGAUCAGAAGGUCAUUGAGCUGGUCAAGAAGUAUGGCACAAAACAGUGGACUCUGAUUGCCAAGCACCUGAAGGGCCGGCUGGGGAAGCAGUGCCGUGAGCGCUGGCACAAUCACCUCAACCCUGAGGUGAAGAAGUCCUGCUGGACCGAGGAGGAAGACCGCAUCAUCUGUGAGGCCCAUAAAGUGCUGGGCAACCGCUGGGCUGAGAUCGCCAAGAUGCUGCCCGGGAGGACGGACAAUGCUGUGAAGAAUCACUGGAACUCUACCAUCAAGAGGAAAGUAGACACAGGAGGCUUCCCAAGCGAGUCCAGAGACUGCAAGCCUGUCUACCUGCUUUUGGAGCUUGAGGACAAGGACCGCCACCAGAGUGCCCAGCCCGUGGAAGGCCAGGGAAGUCUUGUGACCGGCUGGCCCCUGGCGCCCUCUACUGUGAAGGAAGAGGAGAGCAGUGAGGAGGAGGCUGCAGCAGCUGCUGCUGCUUGUGCUAAAGAGCAGGAACAGGAGCCUGUGCCCCCCGAUCUGGGAGAAGUGCACACCCCAGAGCCCCUGGAAUCCCUCAAGCGUGAAUAUCAGGAGGACUCCUCGCCAGAAACCAGCCUGCCCUACAAAUGGGUGGUAGAGGCGGCAAACCUCCUCAUCCCUGCUGUAGGGUCCAGCCUCUCUGAAGCCCUGGACUUGAUAGAGUCGGACCCCGAUGCUUGGUGUGACCUGAGUAAAUUUGAUCUUCCCGAAGAAGCAUCCGCCGAGGGCAGCGUCAACAGCAGCCCGGUGCAGCCCCAGACAUCAUCACAGCAGCAGCAGCAACAGGCACUCUUCUCCCGACAGACCGCCACACCAGGGCCCAGCAUGACUGAGUAUCGGCUCGAUGGUCACACUAUUUCAGACCUGAGCCGGGGCAGCCGCGGGGAACUGAUCCCCAUUUCCCCCAGCACUGAGGUUGGGGGCUCAGGCAUUGGCACACCACCCUCAGUACUCAAGCGACAAAAGAAACGGCGUGUGGCCCUGUCGCCUGUCACAGAAAACAGUGCCAGCCUGUCCUUCCUGGACUCCUGUAACAGUCUUACCCCCAAGAGCACACCCGUCAAAACCCUUCCCUUCUCUCCUUCCCAGUUUCUGAACUUCUGGAACAAACAGGAUACCCUGGAGCUGGAGCCCUCACUGACAUCCACCCCGGUGUGCAGCCAAAAGGUGGUGGUCACCACACCCUUGCACAGGGAUAAGACGCCCCUGCACCAGAAGUAUCCAUCGUUUGUCACCCCAGAUCAGAAGUACUCCAUGGACAACACUCCCCACACGCCAACCCCGUUCAAGAACGCCCUGGAGAAGUACGGACCACUGAAGCCCCUGCCCCAGACCCCUCACCUGGAAGAAGACUUGAAGGAAGUGCUACGUUCGGAGGCUGGCAUUGAGCUCAUCAUUGAGGAUGAUGUGAGGCCUGAGAAGCAGAAAAGAAAGCCUGGGCUGCGACGAAGCCCUAUCAAGAAAGUCCGAAAGUCUCUGGCUCUUGACAUUGUGGAUGAAGAUGGGAAGCUGAUGUCUACACUGCCCAAAGCUCUGUCCUUGGUAAGGGGCUGACAUGACUUACCUGCCCUACAGGGCUUCAGGAACCUUCCUCUGCAGCUGUCUAGUUAUGGAGAGGACCCUUUAGAUGGGGUGGGUUUCUGGUUCUCUGGUUGGGCCUGGUGUUAGAAGAUUGGCAGAUGGCG